AUGGUGUCCAAGCCCACCGAGUCCGUCGGUAGCAGCAGCAGCAGCAGCAGCAGCAGCAGCAACAGCAACAGCACAUUGAGGUUGAGCCCACCAGAUUACCCACCGCCUUCUACCUCCCACGGGUUCACAUCCGCAGCAGACGCCAACAUGAAGAACGUGUCGUGGAGGCCGAGGUCAGCACCCCGGACGGGCAGCCACAAUACCUCCUCGUCGAGGGCACCAAGUCCGCUCCUGUUCUGGACCAAGAGAGGGGCCAGUAGCGGCCAGCCACAGGCGCCACAACAACAACAACAACAACAACAACAACAGCAACAACAACAGCUACAGCUACAGCAGCUACAGGCCAUCGAAGCUGCAGGGGCCAGCAGGGUGAAGGAAGUUCAUGAUGCCGACUGGCUCGCGGUGAUGGAGCACCACCAGCAACAGCAACUUCUGCACCGCCAGCAGAUGCCGAGGGACAGCGAGGACGCCACAUAUGUCGACAGCGUGAGCAACCACCUGGGCAAGAUGACCCCGAUACCACCGCCGAUGAGGUCCGGAGCGAGAACGACAGACGGCCAGAGCAGUAUUCUCAGCAGGAGGAGAAGGGACAUAAUGAAGGAGCUGAUGGAUCGGAACGGGACCGGUUCCGAGAGCCUGGCGCAACCACAAGAACAACAGCCACCACAACAAGAUGAUCAACAGCAACCACCGGCCAUCACGAGGGAGGAGUACGAGGCCCUGCCUCUCGCGAUCCAGAGAAAGCACAUUGCAGCCAGCAGCCGAGUCGGCCUAGACCUGCUAGGAACGCAAGCCAAGCGGCCAUGA